AUGCUGUUCGAGGCGGUCCAGUGUGGCGACCUGGAGCGGGUCCGCUACCUGUUGGACGAUGGGGCGGACAUUAAUGCGCGCGAUGACAAGUUCUUCAACACGGCGCUGCACCGGGCCGUCUUUGCGCGCCAGCACCGGCCCGAGCUGAUCGAGCUGCUGGUGGCCCGCGGUGCCGACUGCAACGCGCUCAACAAGAAACGGCUGACCGCGUCCGAGCUGGCGCUCGAGAACCAUCUCGAGGAGGUGGCCAAACAGCUGAUCCGUUGCGAAACCGAACACCUGGAUGACCAUCUGGCCUACUAUCUGCUGAUACGGCGCGGCAAUCUGCAGCUGUUCGAGUAUCUGAUCUCGCUCAAGCGGCUCCGGUACGAGGACGAGAUCCUGAUCAUCGCCAAGGCGUACGGUGAGCUGCGGCUGAAGAACGUGCCGCUCAAGGAACCGAUGGAGUCGUAUCUGAACGAGAUCCUCAUCAACCACGACUACUGGCUGCGAAACGAGGCUGGCGGUGGUACUGUUGCUGAUGGUCGCCGUCGUCCGGCCACCGUCCGCCGGAGGCAGUUGCGUACCGAGAACGUACGCCGGCUGCAGGCGAUCGUCGAGUGUGUGCGGGAGCUGUGCGGCGCGUACGACACCCACAAUCUGAUGGACGUCGAUAGUAUGUUCCUGCUGCGGUUGUCCCACAUCCUGGAGAAUCUACUCUUCGUGCGCAACCACUACAAGCAGCUACCGCUGCACCACGUGGAGUUCUGUAUUGGCAUAUUUCUUCACAUCUGGAAGAAUGCACCACGGUACGACAUCUACAAAAUGCUGGUGGACAAACGGAAGCUGAUGCUAUACCUCGGUGCCGUGUCGAACGAGCUGCAGAAAAUCAUUGCAAUGCCGGGCAACGUGAAUUGCUGUGUAGAACACCCUAGCCCUAGUCCAGUGCCUCCCUCGAUCGUUGAGCCAAUCAUCGACACAUCGAGGACAGCCGAGGCAAGUUGCAAACCCCACCCAAAGUUCCAGUGGACAGCGGAACGCAAUAAGGAACUGAUGUUCUGUCAUUACGUCGUAAGCGGUAGCAGCACUAGCACCGAGAACUACCGUGCUCGAUUACACGAACUUUGGACCGAGCGUCAACGUGCGGACCACGAAGACACUGAUUGUAGGAGAGAUGCGGCCAUCGAGCUUUCCGAACAGAACCUCCUUACGCAGCAGCGCAAAAUUGAACGUGAACGACUGCUACCCGAGGACGUCCGGCGAAAGGUGGAAGCGGAAGCGAUCAGCUACCGAUACUACUUGCGUGUCGAGCACCCAAAGAUAUCGGACAAGAACCGGAAAUUGUUUCGCAAGAUGGCAAAGAGCUACAGACGAAUGCGUGAACUGCACGUGAUCAAUCGAGCGCUCGGCUACAUCGAUUCGGUGAUCGAUCUCGAUUGGAGCACCGAUCGGGAGAUCAAAAUGAUCGCCGUGAAGCGGGUAGUGCAAGUGAUUUGCGAAACGUUACGAAACACGCAAGAUACACCGAUCAUAGCGAAGCAUCUCGAAAGCUUCGUCAAUGUGCUGACACCGCAACGGAUACUGGCGAAUGCAAGGAUCCGAGACUAUUUGUCCCACUAUCGGCGCGGCGGUGACCUUUCGGUGCUGCUUGCUGCUGCAGGUGGUAUCGAGUCACAAUCCCACACGCACGAGGUACUUCACCUGAGUGAAGAUCUACUCGACUACGAAGAACUCCAUCGGAACUUGAGUCUCAUGCGUAAUCUGUUCCGCUACGUGCAGAACCUGCAGCACGUGCUGGCGAUCAAAACGCUCAUCAACCGGUUGUACGAUUGCAAAAGCCUGGAGGAGAUCAAGUCCUACUACGCGUACCUCUUCCGGCACGAUUCGAUCGACUGCCAGCGUAGCCUGGACGUAGCGCCGUUUGCGUUGCUCGAGAUAAACGCGCUACUCGAAGCGAUCGGCGAGGAGUACCGGUGUAGUGGGCAUCCGGUGAGUGAACGUAUCGAACGGAUGCGCACGAAGGUGCUGAAGGAGAUCGACAGCUACAAGGUACUACAUCGGCAGUUCAGCAACACGCUCCUGAUGGUGGACUGUUUGAUCUCAAAAAUCAAAUCCAACCAUAGCUACGAUAAAAUCCGACACACCUUCCGAUCUCACCUGAGAGUGUUGCAGCACAAUGGGACCAUCGAUCGGCACCUGCUGGUUCAGCUAAGGACGGCCGUGCUAGCUUACUUCUACGACGAACUUCCAGAACUGCGGCGCCAAGGGAAGCUGGAGCAGCGGUUAGCUCUUUUGGUCGCGCGACUCCUCUACGUCAUCGAUCGCAAGCUAGCUCUCUGUCCGCCGACAAACAGGCCACGGUUAGAGAUACACCUUAGCAGCAGUGGGAAUGCGUUACUGAAACGCCUUGAGGAAACCACUGGCCAACAACUAACGUUCCUAGGUAGCGAUCCAUUGUUUUGCAAGAUACGCAGUAAUCCCGAUAAGCGGUACGAGUUACUUCGUCAGUUGCUAAGGCGCUACCGAAUACUACAUCCGCCUAACCUGCUGGCCGAACUGCGGCGUGAGGAGGAGCGCGAAACGGAGGAGAAGGUCGCCCAGCUACAGAAGCUCUUUCUGGAUCAGAACAUGAACAUGAAAACGUUCGACCGAACGGACGAGAUCGCCUUCGAGAUGCUGAUGCUCGAGGCCACGACGGCGCUGUCGGAUCGGUUGGCCGACAAUCGGGAGAGCCUCUGCAACUAUGUCCCCGUUCUGACGGGACGCAAUCUGCGUAACUACCUCGCACACGGACACGUCACGUAUGAAGUGCUAAUACCGAACAUGGGCUUCAAAACGAUCAUGCUGAACGCACUGAGUGUAAUCAAGCUGUCGAAAAACAUCAUCUCCGAGAUCUACGAUCGGCACAGUUGGAGCUUCGGCGAGCGUGUGGAGCUGCUCAAGCACCAGCACGGUGUACUGGACGGUCUUCGCUACCAGAGCUGCAGUGAAAUACGGGAGACGAUCCGCAAAGAAGCCUAUCUACUUGGCAGCAAUCACCUGAGCCACGGUAUAGUGGACCAUCUGAUACAGAGCCAGAGCUGCAUGUUGCUGGGGCAUUUGCUCGACUUUGGAAAGGUGGACGAAUUCCUCAAGCCCCUAUCCCAUCUGAUGGAGCGUGUCAGUGCCAUUGCGUGUGCCCGGCCCCUUCACGACAUACUGGCUGAUGUACGGGCUCGGACCGAAUUCUGCUACAACCUGGCGGUGUUAAGCAACGACGAAGACAUCCUCUCGAAGAUCGUGGCGGACUUUGGGUAUGACCAGAUCGACGCCAUACCGAUGGUGUUCAAUUUUGACCGACUGUUCGCCAGCUUUCUCGAGACGCAUCCGGACUACGACGUGAAUGCGGACAGCAAUAGCGAGAUCCUGCACUACGCCGUGCUGUCGGGCAAUGUGGAACUACUGAACCUGCUGCUGGAUCAGUGUAACGAUCUGAACCUACGUGACGUGUACGGAUUAACCCCGCUCGAUGUGGCCUGCAAGCUGGCGAACGUGGAGAUGAUAAAAGCCCUCACGAACGCUGGCGCCAAAUGGUACACCAACGGUGAGCACGGUUGCAGUCAGUACGCCUGGAUCUUUCUGAACAACGAUCAGGAAGCGAUCGUGUUUCUCAAAAACAAUGAUCUACUGAGCACCAAGAUAGCGAGCGCUUGCAUGGCGCUGUUCCUGCAGUACUGCGAUGAUGCGAACGAAGAAAUCGUCGAGUUCAUGCUGGGUAACAAUGCAUCGGAGUACGCUUACCUAUACGCCAAGGCAGCCACCUACCGUCGUCUGCACGUGCUACAGUUUAUGAUCGAGACGGAUCGCAAGCUGAAGAGCAAUAUCAACCGGAAAGAUGGUGGCAACCGAGGAUUAACUGCACUGCAAAUUGCUGCCCGCCAUGGGUACAGAGAGGUAGUCGAGCUACUGCUACGCCACGGGGCUAAUGUACACGCGAAGGAUGCCGGCGGUAGUAGCGUAUUGCACUAUGCCGUUGAGUCGAGAAGUACUGCGAUCGUCCGGUUACUCCUGCAACACGGUGCCCAAGUUGGGGUACGCAAUUCACACGGUAGAAGCCCACUAGAAGUAGCUAUCGAGUGUGAGCAUCGACGGAUCACCCGGAUGCUACUUCGCAGCGGGCAAUCACUGGAGAAGAUAAGCCUUCCGGAGGAACUACAGAACCAGCAAUUAGUGGAUGAUCUGCUCCGGGUGGUGAACCGAUUCGACGUUGGCCUGUCUGCCGUGGCCGACGGAUCUAUUGAUAGCUUUACACCUCUGCAUCAUGCCCGCGAUGAGCGGACGAUAGCACGGUUACAGCGGUGCUACGGUAUCGACGUAGCGAGUACGUGCUUCCGGACGACACCACUGCAUCUGGCGUGUCUGUGCAAUGAUCUAGCCCGGGUGAAGCUAUUGCUAAGGUACGGUGCUAACCCACGGUUAGCGAAUAGUGAAGGUGUGACACCGUUACUGCUGGCCGUGAGCAAUCGUAACGUGACCAUCGUCCGGACGUUGCUCAAACACAUCACACCGCUCCCGGUUGAUGCUGCCGAAGAGCUGGACAGUGCGUUAGAGAUCGCGAUCCGCAAGAGUGCGCUCGACAUAGCAAAUCUUCUGCUAGCGAACGGUGCCUCCAUCGACGUCAUCGGCAGAACACUUACGACGGCUUACAAAGCCUCCUCGCCCAACCAUCGCACCGUCGCGCCCACAACGGCACAACAGUGUCAGCCUCAACUCGUGUUUUGUGCGGCACGAGAAGGAUAUAACCGCAUCUUGGAAUAUCUGCUUGCCUCGGAUCUGUUCGCCGUGGAUAGUAAGGAUACGAUCGGUUCGACGCCACUCUUCCAUGCCCUAUCGAGUGCUCCGCUGGAAACGCUCGACAUCCUGCUACGGUACGGUGCGAACGUGGAGCACUGCAACAAGUUCGGACACAACGUACUAUCGAUCGCCACGAUGAACUGCCGGCUCGACCUGUUGCGCUACUUCGUCAACAACUUUCCCGCGAUCGUGCGCUUCCUGGUGACCGAGGAGUCGGGCACGAAGAACUCCGUCCUGCAUCUGGCCGUACUGCGCGGUUCUCUCGAAAUCGUACAGUACUGCGUGAAGCUACACCGUGAGCAUGGGUACGGGCUCGAUGCGCAGAACAAGGAAGGCUUCACACCGCUCCACAUCAGCGCCCAGACCGGGGAUGAGGUGAUCUUCCGGUAUCUGCUGAGCGCCGGCGCCGACCCUAGCCUUACGUCCUCGAACGGCCAAUCCAUCCUGCACACGGCCAUCUGCAAUCAGAACCUUACGAUCGUGAAAGCGCUACUGCGCGGAAUUACCGGUCUCGGUCUGCCCGUCGAACGGGAUCUGAUCGAUCGCGAUGGUCGCUCACCGCUACACUACGCCGUGUUCUCCCGGAAUGUCAGUGUGGUACGGGAGGUGCUCAAGUUCCCGGCUCUACCCGUGAACCAUGCGGACGCGCGCGGUAACACGGCUCUCCAUCUGGCGGCCGAGUUCCAGUACGUCGAGCUGUACAAUCUGCUGCAGAAGCGGAUCGACAAUGAGCUGCGCAACGAGCAGGGAAAGCGUGCCAUCGAGAUACUGUUGCGCAAGUAGUAAUGUUUAUUAUUGCUAGAGCUGUAAGUGAGCGUUCGAGUCGUGAACGUCGUGUCUGAGUUUGUAAAUGUGAACUACGUUGCCAUUUGUGCGCAGUUGUGUAUAGGAAAUGAUAAGUAUUAGCUAGUGGCAAUCACUUGUGGAACCGAGUGCUCGUUGCAAGUUCCGUCUGUGUACUCCCGUGCUGUCUGUCCCGUCUCUGUCGUUAAGAAAUCGCGUUUCCAAGGCGACACUCCCUACCACUGUUGCCACUAGCAACCGAACUUGCAACGACACUCUUUCCCCUCUCCAGAUCGAUUUACCUUCCCUCGGAUACGCGUCGAAGCUGAUUUGCUGGUGGUAGCGAACGGCCGUUUCGGUGUAUCGGAACGAAGGUAAUCAAGUGAAGACAUCCUAGUUUUCUCCUAGAAUAAUAGACAGGCACAGCGGAUGUGACAGGAUAGUAAAAAUGUUUAUCGUCUUACCCUCGCAAGUUUCUGUGGGAGGCAAUGUUUAUAAGGAGCUGAAUCCCUCCAGCUUCCAAGGCCCAAACAACAGUAUCUAAUAGUUAAAUGUGCAGCAAACUCCGUUUGUAUUAUUCAUCGUCAAUCAGAUCAUUGCGAAUCAACCAUUUAUGAAGGUGCAUUUUAAGUAAAAGUAUGCUAAUCAUACAAACACAUACGCAGAAUGAAAAGUGGAGGCGCACGCAAGCUAUGGUGGACAACCGGAAAACCGAAAACCAUCCCAAAUAUUGCAAUAACCACAAAACUCGCAAACCAUCCCCCUCAACAAUACACUCAACCGAACACAUCUCAACCAAUAAACCAGAAAAAACGAGUAAAACGGGAAACAUGCGUACGUGUAGAACAAGCGGACGGCCAGCGGCCACACCCGGAUUCUGUCAUCUGUCGUUGUCAUCGAACCAAAAUGCGCGCAAUAGUCUGUAAGACCCCCCGCAACUCAACCCAACAUAAUCAUAAGAAAUAGAAACUAAACGCAUCCCACCCUUCCGGACAUGGCAUGUGGUGGGGUUUCAAUGGCUUCGUUCAUACCCGCAAUAGAUAGUAAUUUUGAAGAUUGAGACGGUUAAGGCUCGCACGCACUGGCGCAAAUCACCAUCCGGUGUGUAAUGAGUCUGAUGAAAAUCGCCAAAAAUCGCACCAGCUCUACGCUCUGGCGGUGGUUUGCCUGUGUAGGUAAGAGGGUAUUUCAACCUGUUGUUAAACCUUAAUCAUUGCCGGAGUAAAGACACCUGUCUGAUGUCUUCGAAAACUAAAAAUUUGUCGAGAAGCGACGAACCCCUGCUUUUGCCACGUCACUGGAGGGUGGGUCAUGUAAGCAAUAGAACCGGUACCAGAUGCAAUAGAUUGAACCCAAGUCAGUUACAGCUCUUCAAUCUUGUUGUCUAAGUUCCACUUCAACCAGCUAAGUGAAAAACUAUUCAAUACAAACUACGAACCACAAUACUACAAUAAGCCACAGAUGGAAAUAGCAUACAGAUACGUAUAUUACGCAAACAGAAAUAGUAUAAUCAUAGUGCAACAUAAACGCACUCUCACCCCCUCCUCAAGCAAAUCUUUGACCGACAGAUGACAACCGGAAUGUACUGCAAGGCACAGGUGUGACGAUGAUCCGAUUGUUCUGACCGUGCGUCAUCUAACCGUCUUGUCAAACAGAGUAAUGCAAUCAAAGCAUAUAAUCCGCCCUCGCCCCCCUUGAAACAUAUUACCACAACAACCGCAAAGCAGAAAGCAGCACUAUCAAUAGAAUGGAUCCUACCACAACCGACCGUACAAAUGCCGCUGUCGUCGGUGUGUUGUGGACGUGCCCAAAUCGCGCCACAGCCGGAUCUGUCGAACUACCGACCCGGGUCCUGAAACGCUUUCUUGGAACGAAUCUCACUGAGGUCAAGGGCCGGUGCAAGAAAACGUUGUACGACCGCGCGGUGCCGUCCGGACCUGCUGUUCGCUGGUUCGCUCAACUUCACCCGCGAAAACAUCAGCAAACAUAUAGUUGCUAAGACAGAGGAGCAUAUCCACUAAAAUAAACAAUAGUAUACCGGUAAAUCUGAUCUCGGCACUCCCGAUCCGGUGCCGAGACGAAUCAGAAUUACAAGCAAACCAACCAACCAAUCAACCAACCAACCAUCAAACCAACAAACUAUAAACUACAACAGCACAAGCACUUUACAGUUAACAAAUCUACCACGGAUUGCGGCGUGCUUUCCUCCAGUCGACAGGAAAGUGUUUGUGAAUCACUGUUCAUCUUUUAGUUUUAGUGAAAAUCACCCGGAGAAGAGCAAAAUCGUGAAAUAUACUCAUUUUAAUUAAGUUUCUAGUCACGCCUGAGGAGUUUAGUUGUACUAAUCAAAACGCAAUCGGGUUCAUUUGUGUUUAGAAUAAAAGAGCGAAAAAUUGCUAUUUAAAAACGACUCAUUGAAAUUAAAUUUGCAGCUCAAAGAUUAUGUUUCUAGGGCUGGUACUACGUGGAAAUGAUGAAAAAAUAAAGGAUGAAAAUAUUACAUUAGACUCCAAAUUAUACGUACGCAUAAGGCAAAAUUUUAUAUCGAGCAAAAUGUUCGUCGAGUUCCAACCUAGUGACUGGUUUUGAAGGAGUAAUGCAAAAAGUAUCCUAUAUUUUGUACUAACAACCGUGAGAUGAAACAAGCAUCUCAAAAAUAAAAACUGGAUAAAUCGCACACAAUCAAAGAAAAAUCGCGUUUAAACCGAUUGCAGAUGCAACUGAGGAAGCUCAAAAGAUAGCAAAUGGAAAUAGAGAAAGGUAUUCGCCUUGGAAAAGGGCCUAAUGAAUGGCCAAAGUCAGUAAACUCAGUAAGAUAUGAAAGAAAGUGAGCACAAGGAAAUGUGAACAACUACUAUAACAAACAAGAAUUGCAAAACAGAGGCAACCAAAGGAGGAGAGAGAGAGGUGAAGGAGAGAGAGAGAGAGAGAGAGAG